ACCACCCGGUCACAGAGCUCCCGACUACCCCCCACGGACGAGCUGACCGACGCGGCGACACUAUGUCUCCCGGCCGGCUGCUCCCGGCCGCCGGGGCCUCUCUGGUGACCCUGGUCUGGGCUGCUCUGGUGACCCCCGGGUCAGCCCACCGGGACGCGCCGCCGGCCAGCUUCUCCGUGGUCUCGGCGCACUGGCACCUGGCUCACGGCGCCGUUCCGGCUGACGAGCUGCUGGACAACGUCACCGCGCGGGACGAGUGUGAGUGUCUGGCGCGCUGCUUCCGAAGAGUAGACUGCCUCAGCUUCAGCUGGGUGGACGGCCACUGCAUCCUUUACAGCGUUCGCGGUAACGUGGGCUCCCUACGACCGGGCCCCGUGCGCUUCCGAACUGGAUUGGCCUACCUGGGCGACUGGUGUCUGGAUGACUGGGAGUGUCGAGUGAUGGCGUCGGAGGCCGUCUGCCUGUACAACACGUGCCACUGUCCCUUCGGACAGCACCGGCAUAACAGGACAACGUGCGGAUACGAUCCAUUUGGAACAGAAAAUGGAGGCGACUUUACCAUUGCACCAUGGAGUUCCCCCAAUGAACAGGCGGCAGACGUCACCACAACUCAGGAGAUAGCAACUGCAGCGUCCACAACUCGGCAGGCAACAGCUGCAACUGCGAGAAGCUCAACUCAACAGACCACGACGACUGCAACAUCUGCAACGCCGACAACAUUCACCGCUCAGCAGACCGCAUCCGACCCAUCCACCAAUCAGCUGGCAGCUGGAGCAGAAUCCCCCAAUCAGGAAACGGCAGUUGGGUCAUCGGCCAGCCAGGAGACGACAGCCGCCCCAUCCACCAAUCAGCUGCCAGCAGUGGAUACCUCCACCAGCGGAGGUACCGGGGACGGUACGACCACCGAACAGGCUCUGUUCACAGAGACGCUCUAUUCCAAUGGCGGGAUGAUGGGGGAUCCCGUCAGCGGUCAAAACACAGACGACAUAUCGACCAAUCAGCUGACGACUGCUGAACCAACAUCCACCUCAGAACCGCUAAUGGGUGAACCAUUCACCGACCAACUGGCUACAGCAGGCAUGUCCACCGAUCAGAAGACAACGCUGGUAGCUCCAAUGGCGGCUGAGGAGACUGCCCCCGCCCAGGGUAUCGCCGCGGGGACCUCUGACAGCACACAGUCGGCGACAGAGGGGACCUCUGACAGCACACAGUCGGCGACAGAGGGGACCUCUGACAGCACACAGUCGGCGACAGAGGGGACCUCUGACAGCACACAGUCGGCGACAGAGGGGACCUCUGACAGCACACAGUCGGCGACAGAGGGGACCUCUGACAGCACACAGUCGGCGACAGAGGGCGUGAUGAUGACGGGCGACAUCCAACCGGUGACUUCCGAAUCGAGACAUACGGCGACCGGUUCACAAACAGCCGUCACUUCCACCACGGACCGGCCGGCAGCCGCGGAGGUCGUCUACGUGCAGCGGAACGUCUCGGUAUUCGGCGCCGCCCUGCUCAACUGCUCCGGUGACGAGUCCAGGCCGAUGGCGCUGGUGGGGCUGAAGGACGACCCCGCCACGGCGGCUCAAACGCCCUGGCAGACCCUGGACCAGGUGAACUGCGCGCAGUUUGUCGGCCACCCAGACCUGGUCAUCGGGGCGGAGACGCCUCUCAUCCCAUUUGAACAAGGAAAGCCCGAGUACCAGUGCGGCCCGGGCCAGCUGCUGGUGGCCGUCUCCACCUCUAUCGGCCAGUACCUGCCCCGGCCGGGGAUCGUGUGCGCCCCGGUCGAGGAGCCCCACACCAUCGGCCCGGUCGGCUGUGAGACGGUGACCAUCACCGAGCCGGAGAAGUACCAGAGCCCCGUCAGCGACACGGCCAGCUGGCCGUUCCAGUGCCCCCAGCUGCCGCAGCCGCUGGGAAUCACGGCCGUCUCCAUCGACACGCUGCAGAAGCAGUGGACUUCCAUCACCUGCUGCCUGAUCGUAUAGACCGCUGUGGACCAGCGGCGAGCCGGCUAACACAGAAUACCGGCGGAACGGUCAGUCAGCGCAGACUGACAGCCGACUGUCACAUCACACUGUGCCACUGUCACAUCACCCGGCAUCUGUACCGUCAAUCGGUCGUGCGUUUUAAUUCAGGCGGCGAUCGGGGCUGGGCGCGAAUGGUCCCUCUCCGAACCGGGCUGGCUGCUUCACUUGUGUGUGAAUUUUUAACAAUGUGUGGCGUGCAUACCAUUUUCGACAGUGCUUCGUUCGGCUUUAGUUUGUGUGUGGUGCACCUCGCCAUCGGGUGUGCGCGGGCCGCGGGGCUUAACCCUAUUAGUGGCAGGGGGUGGUUGUUUUUAUCCACCCCUCAGGUUUUUCGGGAAUAUCUCCGAAACCGCUGAAGCUACGAUGCUGAAAUUUUCUGACUUUUCCUAAAACUAAAUUGGGCACAUUCCCUGAAAAAUUCAAGUUCAUAACUUUACCAGGGGCGGCUCCAGAGCACUUGGAAUUGGGGGUGCUAUUCGUGAAGCGUGUCAUUUGGGCGAAGAUCACGAUGCUGUACCAGUUUUACGAACAGCGAA